CAGCAACCAUGAAACUCCUCAUCCUCACCUGCCUCAUGGCUGCUGCUCUUGCUAUGCCUAAACUUCAUCACAGAAAUGCAGAAAACAUUCAAAAUCAAUACCAGGACAGCUCUGAGGAACAACAGGAGUCUGUCAAACUGCCUAUGUAUCUCAAGUUCACUGAAAAAUUCUUCAAUGACCUGAACAAACAGAGAGCUAUUCUGACAGAACAGAGUGAUGAAAUCAAGCAAACUAUGAAUGAACCAACUGAGGAACAAGCAAUGGCAAGCAUUCAGCAGGCAGUCGCCAGCACCAGCUCAUCAAGCGAGGAAACUGUGAAUGCUGUAUCCAAUGUCAAUGAGGAACAGCUUAAGAGACAGAUCAAAUGCAACCAACAAUGCCAGCAAGCUACCAUGGCCGAGCAGGCUACUCUGGCCCAGCAAGCUUUCCUGGCCCAGCAAGCUUCCCUGGCCCAGCAAGCUUCCCUUUCCCAGCAAGCUUCCCUGGCCCAGCAAGCUUCCAUGGCCCAGCAAGCUGCCCUGGCCCAGAGGCAUCCGGGUUUUGCAUAG